AUAAGUGCUUUUCAUAGUCAUUCCUCUUUGUGAUGGGAGUACUAAGGCUUCAACAUACCUCCUUUGGGAGCUUUGUUGUGUCCAGUGGAGUACCCCAGGCAGUGUUCACCUUCCUUCUGGUUCCAUGUUGUUUGACUAUGGAUUUCACAACAUCUCCUCUUAUUGCAAAUAUGUCUUUCCUUUGGGCCUGGAAUGCCCCAACUGACCGUUGUGCUAGAAGAUUUGACACGUCUCCAGAUCUGAGCUUCUUCCCUUUAGUAGGAUACCCCCAAAAAGGUGCGACAGGAAAUUUUAUUACAUUAUUUUAUGCUGAUAGACUUGGCUACUAUCCUCACAUAGAUGAAAGAACAGGCAGAAGUGUGCAUGGAGGAAUCCCCCAGAUGGGAUCCUUAAAAGAGCAUUUGGACAAAGCUAAAAAAGACAUUUCCUAUUACAUGCCAAUCGACAACGUGGGCUUGGCUGUCAUUGACUGGGAAGAAUGGAGGCCUACCUGGGCUAGAAACUGGAAACCUAAAGACAUUUACAGGGAUCAGUCUAUCGAGUUGGUUCUGCAACAAAAUGUACAACUUACUUUCCCAGAGGCUGCCAAGAUAGCGAAAGUGGAAUUUGAAAAGGCAGCAAAGAGUUUCAUGCAGGAGACUUUAAAAUUGGGAAAAUUACUUCGGCCAAAUCACUUAUGGGGUUAUUAUCUUUUUCCUGACUGUUACAAUCAUAAUUAUAACCAACCUAGUUACCAUGGAAGUUGCCGGGAUAUAGAGAAAAGAAGAAACGAUGCACUCGACUGGUUGUGGAAGGAAAGCACUGCUCUUUUCCCAUCCAUUUAUUUGAAUAGCAGGUUAAAAUCUUCUCCACAAGCUGCCCUCUUCGUUCGUAAUCGUGUCCAGGAAGCCAUCCGGAUGUCUAAAGUGGCCAGGGCUAAAAGCCCACUUCCAGUUUUUGUGUAUGCCCGUCCAGUUUUUACUGAUGUGACUUUGCAAUUCCUUUCUCAGGGUGACCUUGUGAAUACAAUUGGUGAGAGCGUUGCUCUAGGUGCCUCUGGAAUUAUAAUGUGGGGAAGUCUCAAUUUAAGUCUAACUAGGGAAUCUUGCAUGAACCUAGACAAUUACAUGAAGACUACACUGAAUCCUUACGUAAUCAAUGUCACCUUAGCAGCCAAAAUGUGUAGCCAAGCACUUUGCCAAGAGCAAGGAGUGUGUACAAGGAAAUACUGGAAUUCAAGCAACUAUCUUCACCUGAACCCACAGAAUUUUGCUAUUCAAACUGGGAAAGGUGGAAAAUACACAGUGCAUGGGAAACCCACACUCAAAGACCUGCAACAAUUUUCCAAAAAAUUUUACUGCACUUGUUAUGCCAACAUCCACUGUAAGAAGAGAGUUGAUAUAAGAAACAUUCAUACUAUUAAUGUAUGUAUUGCUGAAGAUGUUUGCAUAGAUGGCUUUCUAAACUUUGAACCCAGGAAUCAUUCUUCUCGCUGGAAAGAGAUAUCUUCUACCACUCUCAGCAAUAUCUCAUUCUCUACACCAACGGUCACAGUAUCUCCAUGUGUUCCUGGGAAAGAUCUCCGUGGGUGCCUCAAAGUCACCUGUUCAGUGGAAGCCCUCUUCAACAACACCCAAGGGGGCUGUCAUAGUGUUAACUGGAAAAACACUUCCAGUCAGUUACAUAUUCAAAACAAGAAAAAUGAAACAACCUAUUAA